AUGGGCCGCCCCGAGCGGUGCGCGCUCCGGCCGCUGGCGCUGCUGCUGCUGCUGCUGCGGCUCCAGCAUCUUGCGACGGCUGCGGAUCCGCUGAACGGCAGCCAAGGGCCGGUGAAGGAGUGCGAAGAGGACCAGUUCCGGUGCCGGAACGAGCGCUGCAUCCCCUCCGUGUGGAGAUGCGACGAGGACGACGACUGUUCGGACAACAGCGAUGAGGACGACUGCCCCAAGAAGACCUGUGCGGACAGCGACUUCACCUGUGACAAUGGCCACUGCAUCCCCGAGAGGUGGAAGUGUGACGGCGAGGAGGAGUGUCCUGACGGCUCCGAUGAGUCCGAGACCACGUGCACCAAGCAGGUGUGUCCCGCAGAGAAGCUGAGCUGUGGACCCACCAGCCACAAGUGUGUGCCUGCCUCAUGGCGCUGCGACGGGGAGAAGGACUGCGAGGGUGGAGCAGACGAGGCCGGCUGUGCUACCUUGUGCGCCCCGCACGAGUUCCAGUGCAGCAACCGCUCAUGCCUGGCCGCCGUGUUCGUGUGCGACGGUGACGACGACUGCGGCGACGGCAGCGACGAGCGUGGCUGUGCUGACCCGGCCUGUGGGCUCCGCGAGUUCCGCUGCAGCAGCGGCGACGGCGGCUCCUGCAUCCCCGAGCGCUGGGUCUGCGACCGCCAGUUCGACUGCGAGGACCGCUCGGACGAGGCGGCCGAGCUGUGCGGCCGCGCGGGCCCCAGGGCCACGGCCGCCGCCUGCGCCGCCGCCACCCAGUUCGCUUGCCGCAGCGGCGAGUGCGUACACCUGGGCUGGCGUUGCGACGGCGACCACGACUGCAAGGACAAGUCGGACGAGGCCGACUGCCCACUGGGGACCUGCCGUGAGGAUGAGUUCCAAUGUGGGGAUGGGACUUGCAUCCUUGCAGUCAAGCGCUGCAACCAGGAACAGGACUGUCCAGACAGGAGUGAUGAAGCCGGCUGCCUGCAGGAGUCAACUUGUGAGGGUCCCCGCAGAUUUCAGUGUAAGAGUGGCGAGUGCGUGGACGGCGGGAAAGUGUGUGAUGCUCAGAGGGACUGCCGGGACUGGUCGGAUGAGCUUCUGAAAGAGUGUGGACUGAACGAGUGUCUGCACAACAAUGGUGGCUGUUCUCACAUCUGCACUGACCUCAAGAUUGGCUUUGAGUGCACGUGCCCAGCUGGCUUCCAGCUCCUGGACCAGAAGACCUGUGGCGACAUUGACGAGUGUGCAGACCCAGAUGCCUGCAGCCAGAUCUGUGUCAAUUACAAGGGCUACUUUAAGUGCGAGUGCCACCCUGGCUAUGAGAUGGACACACUGACCAAGAACUGCAAGGCUGUCGCUGGCAAGAGCCCAUCCCUAAUCUUUACCAACCGGCACGAGGUGCGGAGGAUAGACCUGGUGAAGCGGGACUACUCGCGCCUCAUCCCCAUGCUUAAGAAUGUUGUGGCACUAGAUGUCGAAGUUGCCACCAAUCGCAUCUACUGGUGUGACCUCUCCUACCGCAAGAUCUAUAGUGCCUACAUGGACAAGGCCAGCAAUCCGGCAGAGCAGAAGGUCCUCAUUGACGAGCAGCUGCACUCUCCAGAGGGCCUGGCAGUGGACUGGGUCCACAAGCACAUCUACUGGACCGACUCAGGCAAUAAGACCAUCUCAGUGGCCACAGUCGAUGGCGGCCGCCGAUGUACUCUCUUUAGUCAUGACCUCAGUGAACCCCGGGCCAUCGCUGUCGACCCCCUGCAAGGGUUCAUGUAUUGGUCUGACUGGGGGUACCAGGCCAAGAUCGAGAAGUCUGGGCUCAAUGGUGUGGACCGGCAAACACUGGUAUCAGACAAUAUUGAAUGGCCCAAUGGAAUCACCCUGGAUUUGCUGAACCAGCGCUUGUACUGGGUAGACUCCAAGCUGCACCAGCUAUCCAGCAUUGACUUCAGUGGGGGCAACAGAAAAAUGCUGAUUUCCUCCACUGACUUCCUGAGCCACCCUUUUGGGAUAGCUGUGUUUGAGGACAGGGUGUUCUGGACAGACCUGGAGAAUGAGGCCAUUUUCAGUGCAAAUCGGCUCAAUGGCCUGGAAAUCUCCAUCCUGGCUGAGAACCUCAAUAAUCCACAUGACAUUGUCAUCUUCCAUGAGCUGAAGCAGCCAAGAGCUGCAGAUGCCUGUGAUCUGAGUGCCCAGCCCAAUGGAGGCUGUGAGUACCUGUGCCUUCCUGCUCCUCAGAUCUCCAGCCACUCUCCCAGGUACACCUGUGCCUGUCCUGACACAAUGUGGCUGGGCCCAGACAUGAAGAGAUGCUAUCGAGCACCUCAAUCUACCUCAACUACGACGUUAACCUCUACCACGACGAGGACAGUAGCUGCCACCACAAGAGCCCCUGGGACCACCGUUCACAGCCCCACCUACCAGAACCACAGUGCAGAGACACCGAGCCUGGCAGCUGCAGUCCCAACCUCAGUUAGUGUCCCUGGGGCUCCCAGCAUCAGCCCGUCUACUCCAAGCCCUGCAACCAGCAACCACUCCCAGCGCUAUGGGAAUGAAGGUGGCAAGAUGGGUUCAACAGUCACUGCUGCUGUUAUUGGGAUUAUCGUGCCCAUAGCGGUAAUUGCCCUGCUGUGCAUGAGUGGCUACCUGAUCUGGAGAAACUGGAAGAGGAAGAACACCAAGAGCAUGAAUUUUGACAACCCAGUGUACAGGAAAACAACAGAAGAAGAGGAUGAAGAUGAACUCCAUAUAGGGAGGACUGCUCAGAUUGGCCAUGUGUAUCCUGCAGCAAUCAGCAGCUUUGAUCGCCCACUGUGGGCAGAGCCCUGUCUUGGGGAGACCAGAGAACUGGAAGACCCAGCCCCUGCCCUCAAGGAGCUUUUUGUCUUGCCGGGGGAACCAAGGUCACAGCUGCACCAACUCCCGAAGAACCCUCUUUCUGAGCUGCCUGUCGUCAAGUGCAAGCGAGUGGCAUUAAGCCUUGAAGAUGAUGGGCUGCCCUGAGGAUGGGACCACCUCCUUCGUGCAUCAUGGAAUUUAGUCCCAUGUACUCCUCUGGAUGGUGUGUGACAGGAUUGAUGAGUUUCUACAUAUGGGUCUGUGU